CGCGCCACGUGGGCAUGCAGCCGCGACGCGCCUCCUCUUGCUCGUCUCCACGUCUCUCGCCUCUGCACACAUGACAUAUGUCCCUCCUCGAGCUCCCCGCACGCCGCAUAUAAUCGCAACGAUCCAAUCCACACUCACCAUCAAGUCUCAAGAGGCAGCUAAACCAACCAGCGGUGAUCUGUAGUAGCAACUUGGUUCUUGGUAGGUGAGAUCAGAUAGUGAUACAGCAGGUAGCUCGAGCGAGAAUGAGCCAGGAGCAGCCGAGGAGGCCGUCCGGCCAUGAGGAGACGAGCGGCGGCGGAGAGCAGGGCGCCGUCCGCUACGGCGACGUGUUCCCGGCGGUGAGCGGGGGCCUCGCGGAGAAGCCCGUGGCGCCGCAGGACGCGGCCACGAUGCAGUCGGCGGAGAACCUGGUGUUCGGCCAGACGCUCAAGGGCGGCCCGGCGGCGGCCAUGCAGUCCGCGGCCACCGCCAACGAGCGCAUGGGCGCCGUCGGGCACGACCAGGCCACGGACGCCACCGCCGUGCAGGGCGUCACCGUCUCCGAGACCCGCGUCCCGGGCGGCGGCCGCAUCGUCACCGAGUUCGUCGCCGGGCAGGCUGUCGGCCAGUACCUCGCGCGGGACGACGACGAUGGCGCCGCCGCCACGGCUGGCGGCGGCAUCGCCGGCCCCGGCGCCGGAGCGGGAGGCGGCGCCUCUGCUGGCGUGGCGGGCAAGGAUAUCACGAAGGUGACCAUCGGCGAGGCGCUCGAGGCGACGGCGCUCGCGGCGGGUGACGCGCCUGUGGAGCGCAGCGACGCGGCCGCCAUCCAGGCGGCGGAGGCGCGCGCCACGGGGCUGGACGCGAACGUGCCCGGCGGCCUGGCCGCGCAGGCGCAGUCGGCCGCGGCGGCCAACUCGUGGGCGUGGGGAGACGAGGACAAGGCCACGCUCGGCGACGUCCUGGCGAACGCGACGGCGAGGUUGGUGGCGGACAAGCCGGUGGAGAGCGCCGAUGCGUUGGGGGUGGCUGGCGCGGAGAACCGCAACAGGAACGACGGGACGGCGAGGCCCGGAGGCGUGGCGGCGUCCAUGGCUGCGGCCGCACGGCUCAACCGUAACGAGGCGGUCUGGGAGUGAAGCAGCUGCCUGGAGAGGAGACACGUGCGUGUCCUGGACUCUGAAGUCCUCGUCUUUUUUUUUUUAGUUCGCUAGCUAGCUCUGUACCUCAGCGCACGCUUUACCUACGUCCAUGUAGGUAGCCUGCGAAGUACCGUCGUGUCAAUGUGACGGCUCAGAACGUGUCAGUGUGUGUAACUCGACAUCAGGCGAUCGAGCUGUGUAAAUAUGUAGUGUUGUACCUUCGUGCAAUAUAAUAAAGUAAGAUACGCGCGCGUCAAAAGCGUGACCGGUGUAAGAUA